UAAGUCCUUGGUGGCUGAUGUGCAUUCAAUUUCUGUUCUAGUGUUUUCAAUUUAGGUUUCAGCCGACAGUAUCGACCCAUGAGCCGUAGUCUCUGUGGAAUCGACCUCCGGCUUUCCUCGAGCAUUGCUUUCCAAAUUGUAACGGGAAAAGUAUAUCUACACAUGAAUAUAAAGACACUGAAUUAUUUACUUAACCCUCCUGUUACUUUCACAUUUACUAACAUAUUUUACCCUCGGGGUCAAUUUGACCCCAGCAAUUAAAACCUCCAGAAAAUUAUUAGAAUUAAUAUUGUUUCCCAAGUUUAAGUGUGAGGUACUUUAUGUUUGUUUGUUGACUCCCUAAAUAGCCCUUUAAAUAUAUGAAAAAGUUGAUAUUUCUUAUAUGUUUGACACAGUGAAAAACAGCCUGGGGUCAAAUUGACCCCAAAGAACACCGACGUUAAACAUUGAAUGGGGUCAAAUUGACCCUAAAGGUAACAGGAGGGUUAAAGAAAUGAUAAAUCCCCCCACCCCCCUUUAAUGCAGCAACAAUCAGGUUGCCUCAUCUGAACUUCAUCAGUAUCGACUCUCCUGGUCUCAAGGGGUCCUCCAGGUUUUUCGAUGGCCCGUUCAACAUUACGUCUGUUUCUAGGCGGCACACCCCGGAGCUGCAAUUAAUGUUUGAUGAGCGCUCCAUCUCAUCACGGUACCCCACUGUUGUGUUUUUUUUUUAGUUGAUUAUGCGUGCGGAGAGAUUUCCACAGCAUGACAUGAUCAGAUUUGUGUGCACUGGAGCCACCAAUGACUUAAAAGAUUUCUUGGGUUACAAUUUGAUCUAUUUGAAAAUAAAGUAAUAUGUGAUGGGGAGAUGGCUUACUGAUGGAAAGGAUAUACAUGUCUUAAUUUGAAUACUGUAAACAUCACUGUUUGAUUGCUAAAUAUCUUGUAUCGUAUAUAUAAUGUCAUUCCGUUUUUUAUUUUAUUUAAAAAUGAUUGUCAAUUUUAAAGGUACAGAUUUAACAAAGAACCUCAAUGUUUUAAUUGAAAGAGUCCUUUGCCGACUGCCUGCCCCUAUUGCUGGCCAUGGUGUCCCCCCUUUCCAAGAGUGUGGUUUGACCAUUCUGGGCCCCUGGGCAGACCAAAAAAGGGAGCCAUUGUGAAUGAAGACCGCUUUUCCCAUUAGGCCACGGCCGGGUGGUGGAUAUGGUCGCUGGGGAAGAGACAGAUAUGGUCCUCCCAUAAGGACAGAUUAUCGGCUCAUUGUUGAGAAUCUUUCCAGCCGCUGCAGCUGGCAGGACUUGAAGGACUACAUGAGGCAGGCAGGGGAGGUGACUUACGCCGACACCCACAAGGGCCGCAGGAACGAGGGGGUGAUCGAGUUCAGGCUCUACUCUGACAUGAAGAGGGCUCUGGAGAAGCUCGACGGCACCGAGGUGAACGGCAGAAAGAUCCGGCUCAUCGAGGACCGCCCCGGAGCCCGGCGCAAGCGCUCCUAUUCUCGCAGCCGCAGCCACUCCAGGUCUCGCUCCAGGAGCCGCAGGUCUCGCAAGAGCCGCAGCCGCAGUGACAGCAGCAGCCGCAGCCGCAGCCGCUCCAGGGCGGCGUCCCUCUCCCGCAGCCGAUCCCGUAGCAAGAAGAUCAGGAGCAAGAAGGAGGAGGAGCGCAGCAACGGCGCGCCGAAGAACAAGGAGCGCAGCAGGAGCCGCAGCCCCAAGAGCCGCAGCCCCAAGAGUAAAAAGAUUAAGAAAGACGAGAAGAAGACCAAGAAGGAUGAUUCCCGCUCCAGGUCUCGCUCUCGCUCCAGGUCUCGCUCCAGGUCUCGCUCCAGGUCGGGGAUCAAGGAUCGCUCCAGGAAAUCCAUCUCCAAGGGCCGCGAGGCGCCCAAGAGCGACGGCGAGGUGGAGCGCGGCUCCCGCUCUCGCUCUCGCUCCCCCGUCGAAGCCAAUGCCAGCACCCGGUCCAAAUCAAAGUCCAAGUCCCCCUCCCCCGCCAAACCCCGGUCCCGCUCCGCCUCGCGCUCCGAGUCCCGCUCAAAGUCCCGUUCUAAAUCUCGCUCCAAAUCCCGAUCCAAGUCCCGCUCCCAGUCUCGUUCUCGCUCCCGUUCCCGCUCGUAGUUCAGAUUUUGAGCCGUUUUGUCUUGCGCCCCUCAUCCCAGUGUCCCCCCUCCUCCUCCCCCUCCUCCCUCCCCCUUUACAUUCCCUAAACCCCCCCACACUACCCACGCCUCCUGUUUUUUUGAUAACUAGCUGUAGAUGAUCAGGCACUCAACGUCUUUUAUGCACACGCUACUCCAUUUCAUUUGACUUUUACUCUGCGUAUUUUUUCAUUAGAGCCGUCUCGUAUGGGGUUGUAAGAUAACAGGGUGCAAAUCUCAGUUUUAUAAGUUUAAAUGAUGGUAUGGUGCGUGUCUUAGCCUUUUUUAAUCAAACGUAGAAGCAUACUGUUAAGUCAAAAUGCCGGGUGGGAGUGAAUUCCACCAUCUCACAUUUUUUGUGAACUCCUUGUAUCAUCUUAUUUCAGAUUAAAAGACACCUGUUCUA